AUGAUGUCCUCCUCACACGACCAGGACCCGUUCAUGCAGGUCCAACAAGAUGUCCUCACCCAGAUGGCCUCGACGCGGCCGCUCUUCGCCUCCUACUUGCGCAUCCGCUCCCUCACCACCGCCGCAUCCUCUCCCGAGCUCGCCUCUGCCCGCUCCGACCUCGAGUCCGCCCUCUCCUCUCUCGCCGAUGACCUCGCCGACCUCGUCGCCUCCGUGCAGGCCGUCGAGUCAAACCCGGCCCAGUUCGGCCUCUCCGCGCACGAGGUGACCCGCCGCAAGCGCCUGGUGCAGGAGGUCGGCGGCGAGGUCGACGACAUGCGCGAGGAGCUCGACAAGAAGGUCUCGGCCGGCGCAAGCGACCUGCCGGACCCGAACGCCUUCGCAAUCGACGGCGACGACAACUACGCCGAGUUCGAGCAGCAGCAGCAGGUCGAGAUCAUGCGCGAGCAGGACACGCACCUCGACGGCGUGUUCCAGACCGUUGGCAACCUGCGCCGCCAGGCCGACGACAUGGGCCGUGAGCUGGAGGAGCAGCGCGAGAUGCUCGAGGUCGUGGAUAACGUAGCCGACCGCGUUGGCGGCCGGCUACAGACGGGCGUGCAGAAGCUGCAGCAAGUGGUGCGGCAGAACGAGGAUCGCUGGAGCAGCUGUUGCAUCGCAGUCCUCAUCUUUGUCCUCAUUUUAUUGCUGGUGCUGCUGUUGAUUCUGUGA